AUGGGCCUCCAGGUGAUCGGAUUGGUGUCGGGGGGGAAGGACAGCUUUUACAGUCUGUUGCACUGUCUGGUGCAGGGACACCAGGUGGUGGCGCUAGCGAAUCUGUACCCAGGGGACGAGAGAGGCGAGGGUGAGGAGGGUGAGGAGGGCGACCUGAACAGCUUCAUGUACCAGACGGUUGGUCACGAGGUGGUGCCGCUGUACGGCGAGGUGACAGGUCUGCCGCUGUACCGACAGGCGAUCGAGGGCCAAGCAGUGCAGCAGGGCCGGGAGUAUGCGGCGGACGAGACGACAACGGGGACGACAGGGACGAUGGGAGACGAGACCGAGUCGAUGACGCGGCUCUUGCGCCGGGUGAUGGCAGCCCACCCGUCAGCCGAGGCCGUGUGUGCGGGUGCGAUCCUCAGCACGUACCAGCGCACGCGGGUCGAGUCGGUGGCCGGCCGUCUGGGACUGGUAUCGCUGGCCUAUCUCUGGCAGCUGCCGCGGCAGCUGUCGUCGUCGAGCCGGUCGACGUAUCUGGGCGACCUCGGGCUGGCCGGCCUGGAUGCCCGGAUCGUCAAGGUGGCCAGCGGCGGCCUGGACGAGCAGAUGCUGUGGGCCGAUGUGGCCAGCGCGAGCGGCCAGACACGGCUGCAGCGGGCACUGCAGCGAUUUGGCCGCCUGAACGGAGAGAAUUGUGCGGAUGACAGCGUGGCCAUGCUGCUGGGCGAGGGUGGCGAGUACGAGACGCUGGUGCUGGACGGGCCGCGGGCGCUGUUUCGUGUCGGAGCCGUGGCCGUGGCCGAGGAGAACUGCCGGGUGGUGCGAGAGGGCGGCGGGAGUGCGUGGCUGCAGGUUGGGAAGGCGGUGGUGAAGGGAAAGGGGAGGGAGGACGAGGACGAAAAAAAGGACAAGCAGACGGCUCAGGUACGCGUGCCUGGAAUUUUGGAUCCGCGGUUUGAGAGCGUGCUGGCCGACAUGAAGAGUCUGACUGCUGCUGAGACGGUCUCAUCGACGUCUAUCCCGAUCUCGACUUUCCCUACUUUGUCUCUUCCGAUUUCGACCUGGUCUGUCCUCCCGGAACAGUGCGACUGUCUGAUUGGCGAGGCGGCCCAGUCGGUCGUCGACCAGGUGCGCGUCCGGUUGCAGCAGCUGUGGCCGACAACCGAAUCACCGCCCGAGCCGACGCACUGCAUCAUCCGCACGCUCGUCGUGCUGCGCCGCAUGGCCGACUUUGCUGCCGUCAACGCGGUCUACGGCCGGCUGUUUGGCAGUGCCCAGCCGAACCCACCGGCUCGCGUGGCCAUCUCGUGCGGCGAUCUGCUGCCAGACGGCCUGGACGUGGCCGUGCAUCUGACCGUGCUGCUGCCUCCUCUGGCCGCCUUGACCUCAACCCCGACUCUCUCCUCAGAUCGCCAGGGGCUGCACGUGCAGUCGCGCUCUUACUGGGCGCCCGCCAACAUUGGACCCUACAGCCAGGCCGUCUCGGUGCGUGUCGAUGUCGAUGUCGAUGGCGAUGUCGACCAGGCUGACGGUCCCCGUCUCGUCUGCAUCGCCGGCCAGAUCCCGCUCGUCCCCGCUUCCAUGGACCUGCCUGAUGCCGCGGUCGAGACCGGUGCCCUGGUUGGCGAGCAGCUGCUGCCACUGGUCGUGUCGGGCCCCGGUUUGGCAUCGUCGUCCGUCCGCGCCCCGUCUCCUCCCGCCUCCUUCGCCUUUCAGGCCACCUUGGCCCUGCAGCAUCUCUGGCGCGUCGGCACUGCUGUUGACGUCCGCUGGUGGGCUGGUGCUGUGGCCUACGUGCCGCGGCAGAGCGGUCUGGCGGCCGGUGGCUUGUCGCGCCAGGCCAUCGACGUCGCCAAGGCCUGGCGGGCUGCCCAUGCGUGGCGACCAGAGCUGGCAGACAGCAGCGACGAUGACAACGACGAUGGACCGGACCUAUGGGAUCGCCAUUUUGACGCCCGGCACUACCAGCUAGCAGGCGACGACAGCAACAAUAGCAGCACGGCCCUGCAGCUCCCAGACUGGACGGCGGUCGCCCCAGCAUCCGCGUCGUCUUCGACCGUGCCGCCUGUCUUCCUGGCCGAGGUCGAGGAGCUGCCGCGCGGAGCUGCGGUCGAAUGGCAUGCGCUUGCUGGUUUCAGUCACGUGACCGCCGGUAGUAUCGAGCAGCACACCACCAGACAUGGCCCAGGCAGCGGUUUCGUGCAAUACGAGACGGCCGUCAAAGACAGCCGCCUGAAACAAACAGUGCGCAUGUGGCCACGUGGUGCUGACGCCGGCACGCUUGCUGAGGCGGCCCUGCUCGAUGGCACGGCCGCCGAGCUGGUGUACGUGGACCCGGCCAGCUGCAGCCUGUCGGCGAUCACGUGGACGUCGGUGCCGGUGGUGCCGUGCAUCUCGCUGUGGAACGGAGACGGUGAGAGGCUGGCGGCGGUAGUGGUAGGGUGA